CUUGAAGAGAGCUGCCUAACAGUACAUACAGAGCAAUUAGUUCAGCUUCAGCCCUUGUAAAGAUUCUACACAUAGACUAAAAAGACUAUGUCAGUGACAACUCGUUUGACAUGGAUUCAAAAGAAAACUCUGCAAAAUCAUUUUGGAGGAAAGCACUUAAGCCUUAUGUUUAAGGCUAGUGUCCAAGGAUUCCGUUUUUCUGUAUUGCAUGAUAUAUGCUCUUGUCAAGGACCUAUAAUAGUAGUGAUGUAUAGUGGAGACCUUAUUAUCGGCACAUAUAUGCAAGCUAUUUCCGAAAGAGCUUCGCCUACUCUCACUUUUCUUUUUGCCUUCCAUGCAUCUGGGAUUUCAGAAUUCAGAAUAGGUCUAUAUGACACUUUUAGAAUAUUUUAUAAAAGAUUUAAUGAGCAAUGUGAAUUUGAUAUAAAUCUGGAAAAUCAAGAGACAACUUUGACAUCAAGAAUCAUUGAGAGUCUUGGACUACCUAAAUCUUCCUUCCCAGGAGGCAAAAUUUCCUUUCAAGAAUGUGAAGCUUUUCGACCUGAAGAUGUAUUGAACAAAAGGAAUAUGAUCGGGAUCAGUGAGCUCAGCAACAGCUUAUGGAAUGUAGUAAGAACUUACAAACCAUACAGAGAUCUGGUCCACCAAGUACGAAUUCUACUGCUUGGUCCUGUGGGAGCUGGGAAAUCUAGCUUUGUCAACUCAGUAAAGUCUGUGUUCCAAGGUCAUGUGAUGCACCAAGUUUUGGUAGGCGUUGACAAAACCGGGAUGUCUGAGACAUUCAGAACAUAUACCAUAAGGGAUGGAAAAGAUGGCAAACCCCUUCCAUUUAUUCUGUGUGACUCAAUGGGGCUGGAUGAGGAGAAAGGUAUAUGCAUGGAUGACAUCGCAUAUAUCUUAAAGGGCCAUGUUUCUGACAGAUAUAAGUUUAAUCCCACAAAACCAAUUACUCCAGGUCAUUCUAAUUAUAUUAGUGAACCAUCUCUGAAGGACAGAAUCCAUUGUGUGGCAUUUGUGCUCAAUGCAAAUUCUGUUGACUGCUUAUCUCAUGAAAUGAUAGACAAGAUAAAAAGAAUUCGAAGGGAACUGAUAAAGCUUGGUGUGGUACACGUGGUUUUACUCACUAAUGUGGAUAGCUUGGAUCUGAUUACAAAAAGUGACUUUUUAGACAUAUACAGUUGUAUGCCUGUGAAAUCCAAGAUAGAGGCAGUCCAUAAGAAACUUGGAAUUGUGCUUUCUGACAUCUUGGUGGUCAGUAAUUAUACUUCAGAAUGGGAGUUGGAUACCCUAAAGGACUUUCUGAUACUCUCUGCACUGAGACAACUGCUCUGGGCUACAGAUGACUUCUUAGAAGAUUUGCCUCAUUGUUAAACAAGGAGAGGAAACAGAGAAUGGAGGAAUUAUCAAGAAUUUUAGAGAAGAUAAAUAUGCAAACCAUUGAUAUAUUAAUACUUAUUAUCUCAUCAAGCGAUAGACAGCGGGUAGGGCAUUUGCCUUGCACGCGGCCACUUGGUCAACCAGAGUUCGAUUCCUCCGCCCCUCUCAGAGAGCCCGGCAAUGUACAGAGAGUAUCUCCCCUGCACGGCAAAGCCUGGCAAGCUACCCAUGAUGUAUUUGAUAUGCCAAACACAGUAACAAGUCUCACAGUGUUACUGGGCCCGCUCAAGCAAAUCAGUGAACAAUGGGAGGACAGUGAUAGUGACUGAUCUCAUCAAGAAAGAGAAAAAUUGAGAAGUAAGACAAUACAGAAAAAAAGUCUCUGAAACCAAAGAAGAUUGUAUUUUAUUCAUUUGGGAUGAAGAUGCACAUACAAAAUUAAAGAACCUGUAAACUGUUAGACUUAAACUGAUUAGUUACAAAAAUAACCAUAAUUUUUUUAGUUUAUCUUAUGUGUUAUGUAAAAUUAAACAUUCUUUUUAUAAAA